AUGGAAUCCCAAAGAGUGAGCUUCCUGGAUCGAAAAUGUCGUGUGGCUUGGGGUUGGUUCUCCUUCUCCAGCAGCACUGGGCAUUGCUACCUUGCUGUACAACUGCCUCACAAGUUCCACGGCCUCUUGACCUCUCUGAUCAUCCGCUUCUAUCGUUUCCGGCACGCUUUACUUGACACCUUCUAUGACCCUGAAGAAUCCUACCUCAUCGCCACCGCCGCCCUUGAUUUUGCAACCAUCCUCUUCGGAAUUGAAGUCUACGAAAUCCCUGCUUGCGGUAUGUGGCUUCGUGGGCCAUUGCCCAUUAGUCUAGCUGUGGGAAUGAAAUGGCACCUCUAUCGAAUACGCAUGGCCACUCGACAACCCUUCUGGCUCGUUCGCCUUCUGCCUUCGUUUCCAGCCAUGCUGGGCGGCACGAUUGCCUCCCUCCUCACUUCCGCUCAGCCCUCAUACUACGCGAAUCCCAUGCUCAUCGCCGGCACUGCAAUGCAGGGAUUUGGUUUCAUGACCUCCGUAUUCGUGCUGUCGGAGUACAUCCAUGGACUGCAUCAUCAGGGUCUACCCCCUGUGCGGCGUCGACCGCAAAUGUUCAUUGCGGUCGGACCUCCAGCCUUCCCCGCGGUGGCUCUGAUGGGCAUGGCUCAGACCGCGCCGGAGAAGCUCCCUACGCAUCUCAUCCCCAUCGCCGGCCAAGUCAACACAGCAGAUGUCCUGCUGGUAAUGGCAGUGUUCAUCUCCAUCUUCCUCUGGAUUAUGGCCUUGUUCUUCUGGUCAAUCGGCUGGCUCAGCAUCCUCGACGCCCACCGUGAAUGGAAGUCCGACAUCACCUGGUGGGCGACGGUCUUCCCGAACACCGGAUUCGCUCUCUCCAUCAUCAAGAUCGGUGACCUACUUGACUCGUCGGCCAUCAAGAGGGUUGGAACGGCGGCGACUCUCAUUCAAAUGAUCUUGUGGCUAGGCUCGGCCAACAUGCACAUUUGGGCCUAUUUCGCGCAUCGGACGCUGUGGCCGAGCCAGGAUGAGGGCUUUGGACCGGAUGAGCACCACGAUGAGGCGGUGCUGAAUAUGGAGGGUGAAGUCCGCUCGUAUAAGGGCUCGUCAAACGCCUGAUUGACGGGUCGUUUGAGUCAUACUAUACAUGGUUUGCCUCUGAUGUCCGAUCUGGUCGACUCUCUUGCUAUUCCUUUCCACCCAUGUUGUUUUCUAGCCGAC